AUGUUCUUACGGGAGAGAAGAAAAGAAAGAGACAUAUGCAAGAGCCAUGAACUUCCCUUUGAACUCGUGAUCGAGAUUCUCACUAGACUUCCUGCUAAAUCCCUUAUGAGGUUCAAAUCCGUAUCAAAGCUCUGGUUAUCUUUAAUUUGUUCCCAAUACUUCACCGACCGUUGCCUAAAGGUUUCAUCAUCCUCGCUGCGUAUAUACAUGUGGUUGAGCUUCGGCAAGCGCCCUUUCAAAAAUGUAUUACUAUCAUCAUCGUCACCUUCGGACCAUACUACUAUGUCGUCCUUUGUCGUUGACCAAGAUUUGACUAUCGCAGCGAUGGAAGGCUACUCUGUCUCUCAAGUUUUUCGCAGUUUGAUGUGCUUUAUAAAUGGUCCAAGUGCUAAAAUAUAUAACACUGCGACUAGGCAACUUGUCCUGUUACCCCACAUAGAAGGAUCCAACAUCAUAGCUGAAGAUCACAAGGAUAAGAACUUCAUGUACCAUAUCGGACAUGAUCCUGUUCAUGAUCAAUAUAAAGUGCUUUGCACAGUUUCAACACAUGGAGAAGGCCGUUGGACGUACCUGUCAGAGCAUUGGGUCUUACUACUAGGAGGAGAUGGAUCAAGUAGGUGGAGACAAAUUUCAAGCCCGUGUCAACCACAUCAUCCUUUAUCACAGAGAUUGAGUAUCAAUGGGCGUAUCUAUUACCUAGCUUGGGAUCGUUUUCUUCAUCCUGUGCUCGUCAGUUUUGAUAUUCAUUCUGAAGAAAUCAGUAUCUUCCAAACACCUGAAGAUAUCGCCUUUUACCAUCUUACUACUGCUCUUAUAGAAUAUGGUGGAAGAGUAGCUCUUUUAAACCAUAUCGUUUUUGGAGAAAGAGGUGAGAUGGAACUAUGGGUUAUGGAUGAUCCGGAGAAGAUUAUGUGGUCGAGGAAGAGUUUUGUGUUGCAUCCUUCUCAGAUGCAUUUACUCAAUGGCAUCCGUUUGAGGGUACAAGGUACAACUAGAAACGGUGAGGUUAUUUUGGUACCUCAAAAUACAUGUCAUGAUCCCACCACUUGCCAGACGAUCGUUCAACCUCAAAGUAGCACUCUUUUCCACAUUUUUCUUUACAAUCUACAAAACAACCAUUUGAGAAAAGUUGAAAUAAAAAAAACAUUCAACCGCUAUCUUACUAAAAUUUGGGACGUUAUUGGAUUAGAUGAUGUUUAG